AUGCACUUCAACGUACUGGCUGUGAGCGUAGCUCACGCCGUACAGGAUCUACUCGGGGUGCUUCAACUCCAGCUCUGUGAUGCCCGGAUCGCGGUGGAACAUGCCGCCGCGAAUAACGAACCGCUCGCUGUACAAGAGCUCGCGACUCUACAAGUCGAACACAUCGAGUUGCAGGUGAAGCAGGAGACGGCACGCGUAUCGACAGGCUUCGAUCUUUUGAGGCGCGAUGCUCCCGCCGACAAGGCCGUCGGAACUGACGCCAAACCUAGUUUCGCUGCGGCUGUCGACGAACAUGACGAGGACACGCAUGACACUGGCGACAAUGAGUGCGAGCUCAUCGGGGAGGGUGUGUGCCAGCCCGAAAGCGUCGACCGCGGGACGCUCAAGCCUCGCAAGGAAUCGACCGUGUUCACCGACAUUGAUGAUGCCGGUGUGCGGCUCUUCGAGCAUCUUCCGACUGGCCUGAUUCUGUCUAUCACGAAUUCAGUGCACUUUGGGCUGCAGGAGAGUCGUAACGACUUCGAGGAUAGGACUGCAAAGGCGCCUGCACAAACACCGCUGAUGGGUUCCCUUGUGUCCAAGUCGCGCUUUGGGCUGAACUUCCACGACCCCAUCAAAAAGGAGCCCAAGUUCUCUACAGGUGUCGCUGUCAGAUACCACGAUGCCAGCGCUGCCAUAGUGGUAUCUGACAGUCGCUCGCUGCAUCGCCAUUCGGCGCUUGCGGACGUCAUCAAGAUGCACGGCACGCAUGGCAUCGCAGCAAUUGCGCACGCUCUUCUGGAAGCCUACAACGGUGACAAACUUUUCGCUGGCUAUGUUUUGCCCCGUGCUCGGGAACUCACGACCAUCCUGGACAUCGCGAUUGCAAAGCUCUCGACGCCCGUGACGGAUACGAAACAGCUCCCGCUACUUGUGGAGCUUCUUGCCCCUACAGGCAACGAGAAGAAGCGAGAUGCGUCGCAUCUGGACGCCGAAGCCGGGCCUCCGAAGCGUGCUUCCCGUUUGCGUAACGUAUAA